UUACAGAACAGAAAUUGUUCAUCUUGAUGCUUCUAAUGCUUUACUUCUUUUAUUACCAGGGAAAUAAGUAAAUUUCUAUAUAUCCUUCAGCUCAGCAACUUGUACAGCAAUGCCACGCUUGAAAAACUGUAUUUCAUGCACUGAAGAGAAGGCUGGAUGCAAUUUGGGAUUGGCUUUAGCAAUUCAUAUGGCUCAUGAACAAGAUUAAUCCACACCAAACUCUCUCUCUAUCUCUCUCUCUAAGCCCUUCCUCUCUCUCUCUUCCUCAUCCAUCUUCCUGCCAUGGAUCCCUACAAGUACCGUCCUUCGAGUGCUUACAACUCCCCUUUCUUCACGACUAACUCUGGUGCUCCCGUUUGGAACAACAACUCUUCGUUGACUGUUGGCCAAAGAGGUCCAAUCCUCCUUGAGGACUACCAUUUGGUGGAGAAACUUGCCAAUUUUGACAGAGAACGCAUCCCAGAACGUGUGGUCCAUGCCAGGGGAGCCAGUGCAAAGGGUUUCUUUGAGGUCACUCAUGAUAUCUCUAACCUAACUUGUGCUGACUUCCUUCGUGCUCCUGGAGUUCAGACACCGGUUAUUGUUCGUUUCUCUACUGUUAUCCAUGAGCGUGGAAGCCCUGAAACCCUUAGGGAUCCUCGUGGUUUUGCUGUGAAGUUCUACACCAGAGAGGGUAAUUUUGAUCUCGUCGGAAACAAUUUCCCUGUCUUCUUCAUCCGUGAUGGAAUUAAAUUCCCGGACAUGGUCCAUGCUCUUAAGCCCAACCCAAAGUCUCACAUCCAGGAAUUUUGGAGAAUCUUGGACUUCUUCUCACACCAUCCGGAGAGCUUGCACAUGUUCACCUUCCUAUUUGAUGACAUUGGUGUCCCACAAGAUUACAGGCACAUGGAUGGCUCCGGUGUUAACACCUACACUCUGAUCGACAAGGCUGGAAAGGCUCACUAUGUGAAAUUCCAUUGGAAACCCACCUGUGGUGUCAAGUCUCUGUUGGAGGACGAGGCAGUUAGAGUCGGAGGAGCGAAUCACAGUCAUGCCACUCAGGAUCUCUACGACUCAAUAGCCGCUGGAAACUACCCAGAGUGGAAGCUUUUUAUUCAGACAAUCGACCCCGAUCAUGAAGACAGAUUCGACUUCGACCCACUUGAUGUAACAAAGACCUGGCCUGAGGACAUCUUGCCCCUGCAGCCAGUUGGUCGCAUGGUUCUCAACAAGAACAUUGAUAACUUCUUUGCAGAGAAUGAACAACUUGCAUUUUGCCCUGGCAUUGUGGUCCCUGGUGUCUACUAUUCAGAUGAUAAGUUGCUCCAGACUCGUAUCUUCUCCUACUCUGAUACUCAGAGACACCGUCUCGGACCAAAUUAUCUUCAGCUCCCUGCUAAUGCCCCCAAGUGUGCUCACCACAACAAUCACCACGAGGGUUUCAUGAAUUUCAUGCACAGGGAAGAGGAGGUCAACUACUUCCCAUCAAGAUACGACCCUGUCCGUCACGCUGAGAGGUACCCAAUUCCUUCUGCCAUCUGCACUGGAAGGCGUGAAAGGACCGUUAUUGAUAAGGAGAACAACUUUAAGCAACCUGGAGAGAGAUACCGAUCCUUCUCCCCUGACAGGCAGGAGAGAUUCAUCAAACGAUGGGUUAAUGCCUUGUCUGACCCACGUGUCACCCACGAGAUUCGCAGCAUUUGGAUCUCCUACUGGUCUCAGGCUGAUAGAUCUCUUGGUCAGAAGCUAGCAUCUCGUCUGAAUGUGAGGCCAAGCAUUUGAGGGGUGAGUGAUCUUCAUGUUUUGAGUUCCGAAGAUUGUUGCAUGAGGAGAUGGUAAACGAGAGAAGAUGCUGGUCGGUCAUAUAUAUAGAAAGAACGAAUGAAAUGCUUAAUUAUUCCUUUUUAUUUAUUUGUGUCAUAUCAUAUAUGCAUACUCAAAAACUUUCAUAGUUAUGUGCUAUGAUGAUGUUGAUGUGACUCUUUGUGCUGAUAAUAAAUGACCGUUUUCAUGUUAUAUAA